CCUCUAUAAGAGCAGCCAGUGCUCUUAAUUGCUGAGCCAUCUCUCCAGCCCCUACUUUUUGGUUUUGAGUCAGGGUCUGGCCAUGUGGCCAGUUCAGACUCAUAUAUAAUUUACGGCAAUCCUACCUCAACCUCCCAAGUGCUGGGAUAACAAAAAUAUAACGCGAAUCUAGACAUUGCCUGUUUUGUUGUUCCAGAUGUCUGUGUUUGGCUUCAGGAGAGUAAGAAAGUCUAGCCUGGUAUCUACUGCACACACAAUCCUCUCUAUACAUAAAGAGACUAUACGUUUGUCCUGAAAUGUUUCGCUAUUUUAAGAUCCUUAGCCGCGCUGGGCCCUACCUAAUAAAUAGAUAAGGAAUACCAAACUAGGGCCUCCUCCCAGGGAAGAACACACAGGGCGGGUGGGGUUGUCCCGUAUCUGACAAGGGCCUCUGUGGGACCGCGGGCCCGAAACUACAGUUCCCAGCAGGCCUUGCACGUACCCGGGGUGGGACAUCCGGAAGAGGGGCCGACGCUCAUGGCGGGCCCAGUGAAGGACCGGGAGGCCUUCCAGAGACUCAGCUUUCUGUACCAGGCUGCACACUGCGUCCUCUCGCAGAACCCGGAGAACCAGGCACUGGCGAGGUUUUACUGCCACACGGAGAAGACCAUCGCGAAGCGGCUGGUCCUGCGGCAGGACCCCUCGGUGAAGAGGACGCUCUGUCGCGGCUGCUCCUCUCUCCUCAUCCCCGGCCUCACCUGCACCCAGCGCCAGAGACGCCUGAAGGGACAGCGCUGGACAGUACAGACCUGCCUGACGUGCCAGCGUAGCCAGCGGUUCCUCAAUGACCCCAAGCAUCUGCUCUGGGGUGACCGGCCUGAAGCCCAGCUGGAAAAUCAGGCAGAUUUCAGACCUUCAGAGCCCCUGCCAAACACAGCCCAACUCCCUAAGGAGAACAUGCAGCCUCAGGCUUCAAACACCAGUGACAAACUCACUCCAUUUCCCAGAUAAAUAAAGAUUGAAUUUUGUUUGA